AUUCGCUUGUCGUGCAAAAAUUUCGGGACGGAGCUUGUGCCGAUUUUUAUGUGAUUUCUUUUUUGGAGUGGCUGGAGUAUAAACUGAAUGAAUAGUCUAGAUUCUUAUUCAAUUAAAACGCGUGAAAUAUAGUGAGAUAAGGUUUUCAGUAUUGUGAAAUCUUACAUCAAACUAUUGCAAUGCAGAACGUGGAGCUCGUGGUAGAACGAAGACUUCGUCCGAUAUUCGAAUCUAUUGAGAUCGGUAACUAUAAAAAAGCUGUACAAGAUGUAGAGAAAGUACUCAAGAAAAAUCCUACCAUUCAAUGUGGUCGCGCAUUGAAAGCCUGGGCUUACAUACGAUUAGGAAAAGACGAGGAAAGUGCUAAUUUAAUUCGUGCCUUGGAGCAGGAAAUACCAACCGAAUCGACGACGUUACAUGUGAUGACCCUUUGCUACAAAGAAACGGAUCAGCUGAAUAAGAUUUGUCAGCUGUUUGCCAAUGCCUCUAAACAGCAUCCUGGCAAUGAGGAACUAUUGUCGCAGUUAUUCGUUGCCCACAUGCGAGUGAACGAUUUUAAAGCACAGCAAACGGUAGCAUUACAGUUGUAUAAAUUAAAACCAAGAAACCCAGUUUAUUUUUGGGCUGUUAUGAGUGUAGUUCUUCAAGCAGUGCGUGGACCUGACUCAAAGGAUCCACAAAAAUCUAAACUGCUGUUGGCCUUAGCACAAAGAAUGGUUGACAAGUUGAAUGCAGAGAAUAAACUGGAAGCAUCUCAAGAAGUUCAACUGUAUCUGCAAAUUUUGCAACACCAGGGAAAACAUCAGGAGAUGCUGGACUUUUUGGAAGGUACUGUAUGCCAGAAACUCUAUCCAGGUGCCCCACCUUCGAUAAAAAUUGAUUUACUAAAAAAGCUUAAUAAAUGGGCGGAUCUGAAUAAAAUGAUGAAGAAUAUGUUGCUGGAGGACUCCGAUCGUUGGGACUACUAUCAAGAUUAUAUACAGUCGACAUUUGAACUGAUUAAAACGGAUGACAAAACUCCAGGAACGGAUUAUAGCACGGAAAUGUGUCAUGAAUUCAUAUGCAGCAUUAUCGAGUCACAGCCACGCCAGCAUCGGGGUCCCUAUUUAGCUCGGUUGGAACUAAACCGGUUGAUGGUAGAAAAUAAGUGCGCCCAAGAGCAGCUGUUUGGAGAAUUAACUGAUCUGCUGCUCGACUAUUUUCGAAUGUUUGGUGACAAAACAUGCUGUGCAAAUGAUCUGAAGAUGUUUUUGGAAUACGUCGAUCCAGCGAAACGACCCGGUUUUGCAGCUAAGCUGAUGCAGGAAUGCCGAAUAAAUCCGGUUACAUUACCGAGUAGUAAAGAGCACAUGCAACGACAUAUCUGCUCACUGCAGAUCGCUCGGUUCUGCGGAGCGCAUGCCGCAUUGAGUGAAGAGCAUUUGUCAGCACUCUACACUGCGUUCAGCUUGCAUUACGAACAUGGAUGUAAUUCUUUUGGAAGAGGGCUGCUGCCCACUGACAUGGGUCCAUCCGAUCCAUAUGCCCUGCUGGCCGUAAACAUCAUGUACGACCGUGCCUGGACACUUCAGCGCUCCGAGCCUCUGGUGGAAGCACUUUGCCUGUUGGAACAUUUACUAUCCAACAGCAUCAACAACUUUCAUGGAAAACUUCUCAGUCUUCAGUUGUAUCACAGGUUGGGCAUGACGGACACAGCCCACCGUGUGUAUGAAUCCCUCGACAUUAAGCACAUUCAGCUAGACUCACUCGGAUUUUUGCACUGUGCUCAGCUAUGCAAUGGUGGUUUUCCACCCUUGGCAAAGCAGCUGUUCGAUCAGACGCUUAAUUUUUUCAUCAACGAUCACCAGAAUAGUGUCGAGUUUAUCAAAACUUCCUACAACUUUGGCUCAUUCUCGAAGUUAAUCGAGUUUCUGGAAUUCCGAGAUAGGUUAUCCAACAGCUUUCAUUUCACGCUUAUUUCGGUGGAAGCACUACUAUUAGAGAUGGUAUGCUUUAGUGGUACAAUAGUUCAGAAUCUCAUCGCCUACCGAUUAAUGAGGAUAAAACCGCAGGAAGACCGGAUAAAUUGGAAAGAUUUGAGUGAUAAUCGUGAUCUGACCAUUUUCGUCCACUGGGAUCCGGCGGUCGAUUACUCGAAGGUUCUUCCACCGGAAGGGUCAACAGAAGUUCGGAAGGACAGCAGUGAAUACACUGUCGUACUAGAGCAUAAGACGAUUGAACAACAGCGUGCGGAAUUUCAAGAGGAGAGCUACAAACAGGAGAUGGAUCUUUUACAGUUGCGAUCAACGUUGUUGAGGCUGGUUUCCUCGUUUAUUGAUUUAUAUGCCAAAGGAGUAGAAGAAGACUACGAUACGGCGGCGAACCUACGUCAGCGAUGGGAGAAACUGUUUUGCAGCAUUAGAGAUAAAAACCGACAAAGUAUAAGCGGAAAAUUUCUAGUCAAUUUAUUGCCGUCACGUUUACAUUUGUUGCUGAGAAUGCCAUACGAUUCUGUGUUCAGGAAUUUCGCAGAUUUUCUGCUGCUGCUGUGGAAGGGUGAGAAGCAAGACGUUAUACGGUCAGCGGCUGAUGUGUGUGUAAAGGAUAUUGGCGAUUUAUUUGUGAUGAUUGCGAAUGCGAUUAGCGAGUAUAACAAGUCGGGCGAUCUGUUGUGGAACCGCAAGCAGGUUCAUGAUACUGUGAAUGCCGGAAUUGAGAUUGCCUGUCUAGUUCUGUUUGUACUGACCGUUUGCUAUGAUAAAUACUCGCAAGCGCCUCCACCGCAACCUACACGUAAAGUCAGAAAGAAGGACAGCGAACAUAACAACCAUGAGUGCCCUGUGGUAAUGAACGAGAAAAACAGACUUCUUCUUGUGGCCGAACUGCUGCGCACUCUAAAGACCAACCUAGUCGAGUGUGAAACAGUACUAUCUUCCUGGGAGGCCCCGCUGGUCUCAGAUUCUUUGGCAGCCGCAUUGGAGCAAAUGUCACUUAACCCUAAGAACGAAACCAGCGUUCGGCUCAAACUCAUGGACAGUCAUCUGGGCGAAAUCAAAGAACUGAAAAAGCUAUUAAAGGACAAAUUGAAAUUGAUUAAUAAAUCAAUUUAAUGUAACUUCCAGCGCACUCACGCAAAGAGGUUGUUAAAGCUGCCGGGAAUGUUCUUUAGAUUUUUUAAGAGUAUCUGUGAAAUGUUGAGCACGAAGUCGAUCGAUGACUGGUAGGUUUUAAGAUAUUAUGUCAUUGAAAUUGUCAGCCUACAUACAUCAUCACACAGUUAGUCCUCAACAUGUUUGCACAUCAUUCGUGUGUUGUUAUAGUGGCCUCCGGCCUCUUUACGCACUCCGAGUUUAGGGAGAAAAGCCAGAAACUGCAUGUUCGCUCGAUUCGUAAUUCGAUCAUAGUGUUUCGAAUUCAUACAACGUUAGAGGUGUACGUAGUCAAAAUUUGUAUCAGUUUUAAAUUUAAGCAAUGCACUAGCGAGCAAACAGUAAUCAAAACAAUCAUUAACUGCUGGACAGCACACGUAUUGCCGAAUUAGCCAGUUUUCUUGAUUAAAUAUUUCCUUACACUUUUAUCCUAUUGUGUAGUCUCGUAUGAAGUAUGAAGAACCGAUAAGAUUUAUAAUACAGAUGUUUAAUUAAGUUUGGAAUGUUUCUAGGUGCAAGAGUUGACUAAAUAAACUGAU